CUUUCCAGAUGAGAUGGUCUCAGGUGUUUUCCUUGGCUGGACUGGAAUUCCUUUGGGUCAGGCAGGGGCAUAAGGUCAGAUCCCCUGUAGGAUCAGAUCAAAAGUCCAUCUAGUCCAGCAGUCUUUUUUUGACGGCACGCAGCGUAUCAAGUGCUCUUUGGGAAGCUCAUAAGAAACCAUGUAUGAAGGUGUUGGCCUUUCCCUUUUUGCCUCCAACAUCUGAUAUUCAGAGGUGCUGUUUGAGAUGUAGAGAUGGAGACGAAAGACUCUAGCUUACCCUCUAAGGGUGAGAUGGACCUCCCUGAGCAGAAGGCUGGGCUGGCCUCUACGGAGACAAGUGAGGAUGGGCCCUGUUCUGUAUUGGAUGAGCAGGUAGAGCUACCUGAUACCCAAAAUAAUGGACCCUUGAGUGUGGCAGAUGGCAAAGUGGAUAUGCAGGAGGAGUUGAGUGAAGCUCGGGAGGAAUCAAGUGAAAAGGAUCUGUCUGACUCUGCCUCCACUGACAACACCUUGGAGGACUCCAGUGAAUUUAGCCGACCUAUGAUUAUGGGUGACGGGCCACCAGGAGAGGAGGAGGUGGCACAGCCACGCCCAGCUGCACACCGGGAUGAAGAUGUGACGGCUGAGAGUUGGCGGGCACAUAGAAAACAUGUCUUUGUUUUAAGUGAAGCUGGCAAACCCAUUUACUCACGCUAUGGCAAUGAGGAAGCCCUCAGUUCCACCAUGGGUGUAAUGAUGGCACUAGUGUCGUUCAUCCAGAGUGGGGAUAACUCUAUCCGUUCCAUUUAUUCUGAUGAUCACAAACUGGUUUUUGUGCAGCAGGGCCCACUGGUGCUGGUGUCUGUGUCACGUACCCUGCAGUCGGAGCAGCAGUUGCGCCAGGAGCUUUUGUAUGUCUACUACCAGAUCAUCAGCAUGCUCACCCAGGCCAGCAUCACCCGCAUCUUUGAGCGGAAAAAGAACUAUGAUCUCCGGCGCUUACUCACCGGCUCAGAGAAGAUCCUUAACCGCCUGCUGAACCUGGUGGAGUCGGACCCUUGUUUUCUGCUUGGCGCUGUGCGCUGCUUGCCCCUCCCAGCCUCCCUGCGUGAUUCCUUGGGUACUUUGCUCCAGAAGGCUAUCACACCCAAUCUGGUCUUCUCCAUUCUGGUUGCCCGUAGUCAGCUGGUCACCACAGUGCAGGAGAAAACGGUCAUUGAAGACUGCCGUUUAGAACCCACUGACUUGCACCUCUUGCUUAACCUCAUUGGGGCAACCUCUGCCUUCCAAACAGGGGAGAUCUGGACACCUAUUUGCUUGCCACGCUUCAACCCGGAUUGUUACUUUUAUGCUUAUAUUUCCUACUUGGAUGCAGAAUGUACUGUCUGCCUCAUUCUUCUCUCCACGGACAAAGAGUCUUUCUAUUCUGUCUCAGACUGCAAGAAACGCAUUGAGGAUGGCAUGAGGACUCAGAACUACCUGCAGGCACUCUCAAGUGGCCUCAGAAGCCCUUCCUAUAGUGUGGGGCUGGUGGGGGUGCCAGACCUCCGGCACUUUAUAUACAAGCCUCUGGAUAUACCUGAUAAUUACCGUCAGCUUCCCCAGUUCACCAGCCCAGAACUGGAGGGGCCUUAUUGCAGUGAGAAUGAACAUCACCGACUCUUCGAUCUCUAUCACUACCUACACAGUCGUAUCCACAGUACCUCACGCCCUCUGCGUCUCAUCUACCAUGUAGCUGAAAAGGAGACCCUCUUGGCUUGGGUCACAAGUAAAUUUGAAUUGUAUACCUGCUUCAGUCCUUUAGUGACCAAAGCUGGUGCCAUCAAUGUCCUGACUAAGCUUCUGCGCUGGAUAAAGAAGGAAGAAGACCGGCUCUUCAUCCGCUACCCACCCAAAUACUCCACCACACCCAACCCUAGUAAAGGAAGCAAAGGGGGCCGAACUGAUGGUGCUGAGAAUGGCUUCUUUGGAGGUCUGUAGGCCUAGGACUUUAAUCCUGAACUGUAUCCCACGUGCACCAUCUCACAGAUAACUCUUGACAGAGGAAAUUCUGGGAGGGAAGAAUAUCUGAUUUUGUUCUCUGCACGCUGAGCACUCAUGUGAGCAUGAGAAGAAUUUCAGUUUUCAGGCCAAGCUGUCCUUUUGGUGAUAAAUCUAUAAGGUUUUGGCCUGCUAUUUUUAAAUUUUAUUUUAUUUGUGAUUCUUUGGCACCAUGCCUGUAGAGAGGGAUUGAGUCUGGCAGAGACCCACAGGUAGACUGGAGAUCACUAAGAAGGUGUGGCUCUUACUUUCUAUGGAAAUGGCAUAUAAUUGGAAGAUAGAGGAUUUCAUAUAGAUCCUACUUAAAUAUGCUUUAUGCUGAGACCUACCCUGGAGUCCAGCAGAUUAGAGUUUUCAGUUAGUAACUGCUCACACCACUGAUAUUAUCACUGGGGAACUGCAUUGUUUAUCACAUUGUUUCCUCUUCCUCAUGAAUGGCUAUGAUAGCCAGUUCCAUCCUCCGGAUAAAAAUCAGGAAGUAGGGCAUGUGGCUUGCUCUGUUUUUCUAAUAUUAGGUUCAAAUGUGCAAAUAUGAGCCCAAGUGGGAUACCCCAGAGAUCAGCAACAAAGGUGGUCUUGGCAGUGUCUGAAAAUGCUUGCCCUUCAAUAAGCUACUUGAUUGUCUGUAGUUGAUGUCUUUCAAGAAUGGCUGCCCAGGAUCAAAUCUAGUAGGUGCUGGAUGGUUAUACUUUCAAGGGAUACAUAACCUGGAGAGAUGAAUGUUUACUGCAAAUGUAGCUGACUUGGAUCAGGUUAAUGUUGAUCUAAGAGCAGUGCAAGUGAGGAUGCCUAAUUCCAAAGAAUCUUGUAUCCUGGGACAAUUGGUAUUUUUAUUAGAAUAUUGUCCUCCUUCUUCUUCGGGCUAUAAUUAUCUUUGUUCUGACACCACAAGAAAGUAAAUAUGUGUAAAAGGUAUUUGGCAGUCCUUCAGGUAUAUUUGAUGUCUACAUGAUAGCUCAGUUUGUACUACGUAAUUAAUUAUGGAAUUUUUUAAUGUAUUAUGUUGGAACCUAACUGGCUUUGAAAAAUGGUCUCACUGUCCUUCAUAACUCACACUCCCUUCUCCUGUUUUAAAAUGAAGCCCCAUCUUAGAUUGAAACAGGUGCUGGCAAAAAUUCAGAGAUGGGGAAUUUUUGUUUUUAGCUGCUUGAAUAACCUUGUGAGACUCUUCCUGUGCUGGGGUGCCAUGAGUCCCCCCCAUAACAAUGUUAAUUUUUUGGUAGAUUUGGAGCUAUAGAAGAACAAUCAGAUCUGUGGUAAAGUUCCUCCUUGGGCUUGGUACUGACAAAUAAUUCUUUUUCCAUUCUUGUCAACUCCCAUAUUUUGCCUGGAUGUACCACCCCGUCCUGUAGCUGCUCUUCUCAGAAGGAGAAGUUGAGCAUCUCAUUUACAUGCAAUUAACAGUUGUAUCCUUUCCCUCCCUUAGCAGGUGCUGCUGUGCUGUGCAAAUACGUGCUCUUAUGAAUUUCCUGCUGCUCCCCUGGGUCUGUUUUGUUUCCCUGUCUUUCCUGUUUGCUAAAAAAAUGUCUUAUUUUUGUCCAAAGGGGAGCAUGAAGGAGCCUCGGAUCUCCUUCAGUGGGCAUUCCUGCUACCCUGUGACUUCUCAUGAUGGGGUGGGGAGUAGUAAAGCUUGAUUUAACCUGGGAUGUUUGUGUAAGUGUAUUGAUUGUUGCCAGUUUUUAUGUGGGCUAAGCACUGAACUGGAUUCUACCCUCGUUGCCAAUACUGCAGUGAUUGAAGAAGCUAUACUAUUUUACAGGGUGUAUCUGUUGCUAUUGGAUCCCUCAUGGUGCAUGCUUCUUGCUCAGCUUGCUUUUGGCUGGCAUUUUUUCCUGCCCUGGUAAAAGAACAGCAGUGAUCCCAUGCAUCAUGUGGUUUACUGACAAUGAGGGUUUAUAUUUCUGGCUGAACUGUUGUACUGAGAACUGGAAGCAUCUUAUUAAAUACAAACACAACCCAUUUUAAAAUCAA